GAUGGAAGUGAAAGAGGAGAGUCAAGCUGAAGUGGAUGAGAAACAUCAGAUUGUAAAAAUAAACCAUAAUGUUUCACAGAAAGAAACUCUGAAGACAGAAGACAUAAAGUGUGAAAAUAGUUUCAGUGAAGAUGAACGCCCUGCAGAUCACAAGAGGACUUACAGUGAGGAGAAACCUUUCACAUGUCAACAGUGUGGAAAGAGUUUUACCCGUAAAUCAGGCCUUAACAGGCACAUGAAAACUCACAGUGAGGAGAAACCUUUCAGAUGUCAACAGUGUGGAAAGUUUUUCACCUCUCAAUCGAACCUUAACCGGCACAUGAAAGCUCACAGGGGGGAAAAGCCACACGCGUGCCAGCAUUGUGACAAGAGUUUCUCAUAUGAAAGUCAACUUAAGGAACACACAAUGUCUCACACUGGAGAGAAACCUUACACUUGUCAUCUGUGUGGAAAGAGUUUUACCUUUCAAACAGCCCUUUUCAGGCACAUGAAAGUUCACCCUGGGGAAAAGCCAUACGCAUGCCAUCAUUGUGACAAGAGGUUCCCAGAUACAACACAACUUAAGAUACACAUAAGAGUUCACACUGGAGAGAAACCUUACAUGUGUCAUCAGUGUGGAAAGAGUUUUACAACUGCAGGUGCCCUUAAGAAACAUUCUAGAACUCACACUGGAGAGAAACCAUUCACGUGUCAUCUGUGUGGAAAGCGUUUUAGAGACAAACGUAAACUUCAGGACCACGCAAGAAUUCACACUGGAGAGAAACCUUACACAUGCCAUGAGUGUAAACAAAGUUUCAGAUUUAAAGUCAACCUUACAGCACACAUUACAAUUCACACAGGAGAGAAACCUCACACGUGUCUUCAGUGUGAAAAGAGUUUCAGUAGGUGGAGCAACCUUAAGUCACACAUGAUAACUCACAGCGAAAAGAAACCUCAUGCAUGUCUUCAGUGUGAAAAGAGUUUCAUAGAUAAACGUGGACUUGAAACUCACAUGAGAAGACACACUGGAGAGAAACCUUACAUGUGUCUUCAGUGUGAAAAGAGAUUAACAAGUGAAGGUGCUCUUAAGAAACACACAAGAAUUCACACUGGAGAAAAACCGUUCACAUGUAAACCGUGUGGAAAGAGUUUUACUUUUCAAUCAUCCCUUAUCUGGCACAUGAAAGCUCACAGGGGUGGAAAUAUGAAGUGAAUUUUGUGCCAUGGUUGAACACUCCAAGAAUCAAAUGCCAAUCCGAUGUUUAUCUUGUCUUUUCCCCGACGCCGGUCACACACUAUUUUGGCCGCACUAGAUAAGGAUUUUUUUUAAACUUACGCGGAGUUUCCGUAAGUGUCUGGAAGUUGGUCGCUUCUUUCCGUCUACAGAGUCCAUUUGAAACAUGCUAGCUAUUGCCACUGUUUACUAAUGACUGCCGUACGCGUCUAUAUGGAACGCCCAGGUAGACGAGCACGCGCAUGACGUCACAUUUUGAAUUUCGCGCCAAUUCGGACCCGACUCCUUCACACAGAAAAGAGCCUACAGGCUGAUAGAGACAACCGUGGAGGACACUCAAGGUGUCAUUCUUUAAAAUACAUUAUGGUUGCCUCAAAAAUAUACAAAUGAAAACUCUAUCUUAAAGAUUUUUUUAAGUAAUAACUUAAAUUCAGCCCCUUUAACAUAGGGCGUUUUCACAUUAGCACUUUUGGUGCGCACCCGGGUUCGAUUGACAUCAGAGUUCGGUAAAUUUGGAUGAUGUGAACGCUGUCUUCCGAACUCGGGUGCGCACCCGCGAAACGUACUCGAGUCCGCUUAAAAAGGGUGGUCUGGGGUCCGGUUCAUGUGAACUCCAGAUCGGUUCGCUGCUAAUGUGAGUGCAAUCGUACCAAAUCGCGGAAGUGAACCACUGUUAAUUACGUAUUAUAUGGAAUGUUCCACCAAAACAGACGUGUGUGUUUGUGUGUGUGCACUUACCUUGACAACAAAAUGCAUAGAAUGCUUGCUUGACUUUUGUUCUUAUUUUUUUAAACCUUUGGUUUUGUUUUCAAAGAAAUAAUACAGAAACGCACCUGCGUCUGUCUGCCCCAAACAUACUAAAGUCGUUUCGAUGACAACGGUCAGUCCGCCGACGUCAAUUUUUGCGGAGGCAUUCAGAAACCAUGUCUCAUCAUCUCUCAUAUCAACUGUCUCCCUGCUUUUAUUAUUUAAAACAAAACUGACUCGAUGGCGAAAGGUCGGAAGACCAAAUCAUAUCCACAGAGGAAAUGUUUUUUGUGUUGUUACAGUAACACUUUGUUUACAGUUUUGCGCUGCUCAGCCUGGAUUAGAACACAGCGCGUCCGAUUCACGAACUUACUCCUUUGAACGGAUUUGUUUGAAUGAACGGUUGAAACAACAGAUCUGUCCCAACACUAAACAAGACGUCACUGUCAGCACAAUCAGUCACUUAUAGCGCCUUAGAAAUGAGAAUGUAAAUUUGUUUAGAAAGAUUUGCCCUAAAUAACAGUCUCAACUAAAAAACAUAGACAUUUACUAUGUUAACUUUAUGAUGAAUAAAUAAAUUAUCAGGUCUACCAAAUAAGGAUUUUAUCCUACAAAGCAACAAAAGCCAUGGUAAAAAACUGAUAAAAGACGAUGACAGCAGAGUGUCAGGUAAUAUCUGUGUCUGAUAAAUGCAUGGUGCAGAGGAGGUUGUAAAACUCUUCAGAAAGACCAGUCAUCAUUUUUUUAAAUACUUUGACUUCAAUAGUGACAUUUUUACAUUUAAAAUAUCUGCUAAUGAUGAGAACAUUUUGAUUAUUAUGUACAUAUAGAAAAUCGGCCAAACAUAUCGGCCAUCGGCUGCCCUGAUUUCUAAAUAUCUGUAUCAGCCAGAGAAAAACCCAUAUGGGUCGACCUCUAAUAGAGGUCUAUGGGAAUUGACUUCCUUUUGAAGCCAGUCGAUGAAUUGCAGUUUAAAUCCCUUCUGCAUUGGCUUCAUCAGAGAGAUCAUAGGGUUGCCCUUCGUGCAAAAAAACACAGUACAUUUAUUUGUUACACACAUGCAUUUCUCUCAAAUUGCCUGUUGUAUUUGCAAAGUGCUUUCUGUUUGUUUAAGAGUCAAGUUUUUAUUUUGCAAAGCAGAUCAAGUUUUUUUUGUAAAACGCUGGAUUUGUUUGUUUAAUUAUGGCACAAAAUUCACUCCAUAAAUGGCACGUUCAAAGCGUGGAUGAAGCUUGCGUAUAUUGUGCUUUGUUUUCACGUAUGCGCCAGUGGCACAUUCAUACUGGCUGCGUGUGUUGUGACUAUGAGAGUUUAUAGUUUACAUAUAAACACUAAUGUUUAUGAUCUGCUUUCUUUAAUCCAGUCAUAAAAUAUAUUAGUUAGUCAAUAAAUCUUUUAGAUUAAAAAAUAAUAAUAAUUCAAACGAAUAAACAUUUUAAAAAAGUUUACAGCAUUUCAUAUUUUGUCUCUUGUGAAGUAUGUGUUCUUCAUGAAAUCUUCAAGAAAUUGUGAUCUUCAUUUAAAAACUAAAAGACGUGAUUCUAAUUUUUCCAGUAUUGUGCAGCCCCAUUUAAUAUGAUUAGAGUUGACAUUGGCAUGCUAAAAUUACUUGAUUUAGAGUCAUUUUAUUUGAUUUAGCUAGAUUACAAUUCCUUUCAAAUGCAGAUUGAACACACAAAUUAAGACUACAUAUAUCGCCUGGUCAGUGUUGGGUGUAACUAGUUAGAAAGUAAUUAUGUAAUCCUUAAAAAAAGUAAAGUAAGGGAUUACUUGGUAAUUUAAUUACAGUUACUUCUGAUGUAAUUGAAGUAAAAACUGUGUAUUGACUGCAGAACAAUUAUGUAUUAUACAAUAGUGGUUUAAACAUCAACAUUUAAAGUCUAAGGUUAAAAUGCAUUUUUUUUUUAUCCUUAUCAGACGUUGACUACACAUGAAAGAAAUAAACACAAAAUCCUUCACUCACUGUUAUAUCACUACAGGUCAUAGCUACAUACAGUUUAGUAAGGCAUUUAUAGAGUAGCUUCUAACGAAUAUAGUGUUGCAAGGAUAUAUAAGAUUAAAUGAAAAGAUAAACAUUAAAAAAAAUAAGACAAACACUUAGAUAUUUAUUAACAACAGCUAUAAAUAGAGUAGAAAAAAUCUCAACACUAAAUAAACAAUACAAAAAAAAACAAAUUUUGACUUUGAUAUUGUUUGUAAUUGCCACAAACGAAGUCCCCUUUACCUUUUUACCUGCGUGCAUUCAACAAAUAAUAGUAUGUGAGUUCAUUUGUGCAGGGUGUAUGUGACUGGGUGAAUGGGACACAUUCAAGCCAAUAUUCUGAGUAUACAUUCUGAACAUGCGUGUAACAAUCCUCAAAGUUACUGUUAGUGUAAAUAUAGGCUACUUACAUCAACUAACUAAACUUCAUUAAAAAGGACUUAAGUUUUUUUUAUUUUGAAAAUCUUAUAGUGACGGUAAUUUCUUCAUUUGUGUCAGGAGUUAUGAAAAUGAAAAACUGAGUCCAUAUCUUUUAAAUGAAAUAUUACCAUCAGUAGCACUUACUGAGAAAAAUACUCCUGCAUGGCACUCAACAAAACAACAUCCCUUGUGGCUUUUAAUUGAAAGUGUGCAUAUUUGGAGAAUAUUGAUUCAUUUUUAUGUUUACGUCUAAUUUGUGCAGAGAGGAGCAAUAUUUAAUCAAUUUCUAUUCCAAAAAAGCGAAAACCAUUUUAAUGAGCCACUGAAGGCUACCGUAGUUCACAGCCGAAUGGCGCACAGCAAGUACAGUCAUGUAGAAAUUGUUGUGUUGUUCAAUAACAGGCAAAUAAAGAUGUUUGACUGAUGAAACAUGAAAACAUUAAACACAUUUGAGAUGAUAUAUCUGGUUUAUCUGCAUUCUUCAAACCAUGUCGUUUAUUUUCAUAACAAUACAGUAUAAUGCUGUGCUAUAAUUUUUUAUAAUGCUAUGCUAAGUGACAAUAGCAUUAGCACUGCAAAAUACCAUAAAAUAAUGUAUUUUCAGUUUCAUUUUAAUCCGAAGCCACAUCGGAGCAUGUAUGGUUAUUUAUGAUGUUGUGAGUUUGGUUUUAAUCCAAAUAAUUUUUCAAAACAAAUGUUUUGAUGGUGUGCUAAGCUUACAUACAAUAUAUGAGAGAGAUGGUUUUAUGAAUAAUUUUGAUUGGUAAAGCUUAUUCAUUGGCAUUUUUGUAAGCAAGGCAUUUGAGUCAAAGUAGGUGAAGUGAGAUGUUAGAUCAGAGAAUGGAGGAAUUAAAACACUGUGAAUAGAAAUGUGUAAGUAAUUAUAAUAAAGACAAAAGAAUAAUAAUUAGACGACCAUAACCAGGCUGAAGAGGUGUUAAUAUGGGCCCUAUGCUCAAACUAAUUUGGGCUGUCUGGGCCACAAAACAAUAGAAAAAAUUCACUGAAUGAAUGCUUAGAAGAUGGUCAGACCUGUGGGGCAAACGAUCUGCUAACGUUGCCUCAACAUUCUGAUAAUGUUCCCCAAACCUUUAUUUUAACAUGCCUGAAUGCAAAUAAUCAUAUUAAAAAUCACGCGUUAAACAGUGUUUAUUGUUCAGAGAACAUGAA